ACAUACAAUUCACAAAUAGUGUGACGUUUUUCUGCAGCAAUACUAUUGAAUUGAAUACAAAAACAAUACAAAAGUCUUAACACUUCUUCAUUCGUUGAGCACAUGUGUUGUUGUGAUUUGUUUGUUGACCGAAGAGGAUUGGAUCAGUUUGUUUGCUUUAGUUACCAUCGGUUUUCUGAUUAUCAACAAUGACAUCAACGGCUGCACUGUUGGAAGGAUUGCAGAAACAAUUAUCCGAUGAGAUCAACAAGUUUGGUGUACUCCAGAAGUCCUAUCAGAAGACAUUACAUUUGAGACAACAAUUAGAUUCACAGCUCAAUGAAAACAAUAUCGUCAAAGAGGAAAUGGAUCUCUUAGAAGACGACGCCAAGACCUACAAACUGGUGGGACCUUUGCUUCAGCGAAUCGAUCUCAAAGAAGCCAAAGACAAUGUCAACUCUAGGAUCAAAUAUAUUUCUGAAGAGAUUAAAAGACACGACAAACAAAUUGCCGAUUUAUCACAACAACAGGACCAACAACGAGAAGUGGUAACAAAAUUGCAGCAACAGUUGCAACAGUUCCAGAUGAAGGCUACCACUGCAGCCAAAUAAGUGCAGACAAAUUGAUUGAUUAAUUAAUUUAGGAUUUCAAACGUUUUUAUAUAAAAAACAAAUCAUUUAUUAUUUUUUGAUUUUAAUUAUUAUUGCAUUAAAAACACAGUUUUUUAUAACAUUUCUUAUAAAUAUAUAUAUGAAUAAUGAAUUGAUUUGAUUUUGAUUGUUUGGUGAUUAUGAUUAAGAUAAUAAUAAUAAUUACCGUAAUAUACUGUACAAUAUAUGUUAUAAAUUAAUUUAU